UUUUUGUAUAAAGAUAAACACCAACAAACCAACAUAGAAAAAGAAGAAGUGAAGAAGAGGUUGAGGUUAGACAAAUUCUCAAAAAGCCGGUAAAGUAAAAUAACGCCAAAAAACUAAGAAGAUAGUAGUGUAAUUUUGAUUAUAAAAAUACACAAUUAACUCUUAAAUACUUAACAAUCAAUAUAAAAUGCCAAUAACCAGAAGCGGUGCAGGUGCAGGCGCAUCAGGAACUAAACAAUCAGAGCAAAAUGGUAAAAAAUCCGCUAAAGUAACAACUAAAAAGACGAAACCCAAAGCAUCCAAAAGGGACGCUGGUGAGGAAGUAAAUGAAGUACCAAAAAAAUCACAGAAAGCAGCUGUUGAUGAAAAUAAUGUUGCGCCCAAAUCGAAGAAAUCUAAAAAAGUGAAAGAUGCAGUUACUGAAGAAGCUGAAUCUGAUGCGGAAGUAAAUAAUGAUGUUCCAAAAAAAUCACAGAAAGCAGCUGCAGAUGAAAAUAAUGCUGCGUCCAAAUCAAAGAAAUCUAAAAAAGGGAAAGAGGCAGCUGAUGAAGAAGUAGAAUCUGAGGAUGCCGAUGGAACCAUAUACCAGUUUAAAGCAAAUGAUAUUAAAGGUAACGAAGUGUCUCUGGAUAAGUACAAAGGACAUGUAUGCAUUAUAGUGAAUGUCGCAUCUAAGUGUGGACACACUAAGACCAAUUACGAACAGUUAGUUGAGAUUUUUGAUAAAUAUUCCGAAGAUAAAGGGUUACGGAUCCUAGCUUUCCCUUGCAAUCAAUUUGGCAAGCAAGAGCCUGGUGAUAAUGAUAAGAUCUGUGAAUUCGCUGAAAAGAAAAACGUCAAAUUUGAUUUAUUUGAAAAAAUUGACGUGAAUGGUAAAAACGCUCAUCCCUUAUGGAAAUUUUUGACCAGUAAGAUAAGUGGACCAAAAGGCAGCAGUAUAGCUUGGAACUUUGCAAAAUUUAUAAUUGAUCGAGAAGGACAUGUUGUGGAAAGACAUGCUUCAGCUGUUAAACCAUUAACACUAGUAGAAAAUCUUGAAAAACUUUGGUAAUGUUUAGAAUUAGUCAUGUAUCAUCUAAUAAUUUUGUUAUUGUAUCGCACUUAUUUAGAAUAUUUCUUGUUUUUGAUCCAUGUUUAACGUUUUUCAUGUAAAAUGUUUUGUUGUUUUUGGAAAUUUUUAACUGAUAAAGUACGUGGACCAAAAGGCAGCAGUAUAGCUUAGGAUUUUACAACAUUUGUAAUUGGUCAGGAUGAAAACGUUGUGGGAAGACAUUCUUCAGCUGUUAUGUUAAACAUCUUUAAAAAUUUUGGUAAUGUUUAGAAUUAUUCAUGUAUCGUCUAAUAAUUUUGUUAUUGUAUCACAUUUAUUUAGAAUAUUUCUUGUUUUUGAUCCAUGUUUAAUGUUUUUCAUGUAAAAUGUUUUGUUGUUUUUGGAAAUUUUUAACUGAUAAAGAUACGUGGACCAAAAGGCAGCAGUAUAGCUUAGGAUUUUACAAAAUUUGUAAUUGGUCAGGAUGGAAACGUUGUGGGUGUGGGAAGACAACCUUUAGCUGUUAAAUCUUUAACACUAUUAGAAAAUUUUUAAAAACUUUGGUAAUGUUUAGAAUUAUUCAUGUAUCAUUUAAUAAUAUCAUGUAUCAUCAUUAUUAAAUGAUACAUGAAUAAUUCUAAAUGUUACCAAAGUUUUUAAAGAUUUUCUACUAGUGUUAAAGGUUUAACAGCUGAAACGUUGUGGGAAGACAUGCUUCAGCUGUUAAACCUUUAACACUAUACUAAAUUUACAAUCAAGAUGCAGUAGUAAUAAACAAAACAAAACACGUUAAAUGCUACUAGGAGCACUCCCGAAUCAUAAUUUACAAUGUAUAUACAUUGUAAAUCCCAAAUCAUGAUUUCCAAAGUUUAUACAUUGUAAAUUAUGAUUCGGGAAUGCUCCUAGUAGUAUUUAACGUGUCUUGGUUUGUUUAUUUCUACUUCAUCUUGAUUGUAAAUUUAGUAUAGUCGAAAAUCUUUAAAAUCUCUGGUAAUAUUUUGAAUUGUUUACGCAUUAUUAAAUGAUACAUGAAUAAUUCAACAUUACUAAAGUUUUUAAAGAUUUUCUACUAGUGUUAAAGAUUUAACAGCUGAAGUAUGUCUUCUCACAACGUUUCCAUCCUGACCAAUUACAAAUUUUGUAAAAUCCUAAGCUAUACUGCUGCUUUUUGGUCCACGUAUCUUAUCAGUUAAAAAUUUUCAAAAACAACAAAACAUUAUUAUCGUAUCACACUUAUUUAGAAUAAUUCUUGUUUUUGUUCCAUGUUUAAUGUUUUUCAUGCAAAAUGUUUUGGUGUUUUUGGAAAUUUUUGACCGGUAAGAUUAGUUUGGACCAAAAGGCAGCAGUAAGACAUAGCUUACAAAAUUUAUAAUUUAUCAAGAUAGACGUGGAUCCCGCGUACCAAAAAAAAGUUGAGUAAGAGCAAGCUGAAAAUUUGUUAAUAGCUUAACGGUGUCUAGUCGGACAAACUUUAAUGUAUGGGAACACUGAAACAGGGCAAGUUUUAAUUGUAGAACAGGUUAAAAAUUUCGAACGUGAGUACCACGAAAACAUUCUAUGUAUUUUGUCGGACAGAACAUCAAUUGAUUUGUUACCUACCCUUCAUUAUACUCUCAUGCAAAAAUCAGACUGGUGUUUAUGACCAACUGCGAAUUUUAUUGAGUGGAACAUGAAGAACGUGUCAAAUGACAGGAAUCAUGUUGGUUAGUAAUAGCAGUCUGAUUUUUGCAUAAGAGUUUAAUGAAAGGGUAACAAAUCAAUUGGAUGUUCUGUCCGACAAAAUACAUGGGACGUGUUCGUAAUCUGACAUUCCAAAUUUUAAACUGUUCCACAAUUAAAACUUCCCCUGUUCCAGUGUUCCCAUACAUCAAAGUUUGUCCGACUAGACACCGUUAAGCUAUUAACAAAUUUUCAGCUUGCUAAUAAUCAACUUUGUUUGGUACGCGGGAUCCAGGUCUAAGAAGGAAAUGGCGUGGAAAGAAAUGCUUCAGCUGUUUAACCUUUAACAUUAGUAGAAAAUCUUUAAAAAAAUUUGGUAACAUUUAGAAUUAUUAUUCAUGUAUUACAUAUUUUUUCAUAUAUUAUUGUCAUCGCAAGUGUUAAGAUGUUUUUGUUCCAUGUUUAACCUUUUUCCAGUAAAAUGUUUUUGGUGUUUAUAUUUUAUGAUGUUUCUGCAGGUAUUGAAAUAAAUAAACAACAUUUCAAAAUAAAUAAAUAA